AUGCUUGCCCUGUCCCUUCUUGGGAGGGCCCUUCCCUCGGUGCUUCAGCAUCUCGAGCUUCGCCAGGCGCUCGUGCUCGAGCCUCCCCAUCACCAGGGGGUCGUCCUUCUUGAUGUCAUCUCUGCCCCGUCGGGUUAUGAUGGAAAGAUAGGACCGGACACGAUCCUCUUCGAAGGAUGUGACUACAAUCAUUGGCUGAUUACCAUGGAGUUCCCCAAGGACCCGAAGCCCAGCCCUGAAGAAAUGGUCGAGACCUUCGUCCAGACGCUCACCAAGGUCGUCGGAAGCGUGGAGGAAGCUAGAAAACGUAUGUAUGCUUGCAACACUAUGCAAGGUGGAAGACAAGAUUGUCCACCACCACCACCUGAUCGCAAGAACACCAUGCAUGGUGGAAGACAGGAUUACCCAUCACCGCCACCACCACCUGAUCGCCAGAACACCAUGCAAGGUGGAAGACAGGAUUAUCCACCACCACCACCACCAGGGAAUUUUUCUCCAAGUGGCGAUUUCAGGAACUCCAUGCAAGGUGGAGGACCUAAUUACCCACCACCUCCACCACCAAGAAAUUUUGGACCCAGUGGAGGUGAUAUGCAUGGUUAUGGUCCUCCAGCUGGCAGAGACUUCACUCCACCUGGUAAUAGAGGGUUUCCUCAAGGAGAAAGAAGAGACUAUGGGCAGCAAGUUGGGGUGAGUUAUCCUCAAGGUGAACAAAGGGACCCGAUGGCUGUUGGUGGGAGAGAUUAUGCACCAGGCGGUGGGGAUUUUCAGGGAGAAAGAAGAGGUCCUUUCCCACCAUAUGGGAGAGACCAUGACCAGGGGGUUCAAGGUAAUUAUGUUCCUCCAGAGCAUAGGGACUUUUCACAAGGAACAGGUAACAGGGAUUCUUCACAUUCUGCUGAAGGAAAUUAUGGGGGUUCCGGCAGUGAUUAUGCCAUUAUGGUUCAACUGGACAUCCUCAUGGUGGACAAGUGCGCGUCCGGAGGAACUGAGCUACCUGGGCAGGAGGUGGAGGUUACCCAAGGUGCCAUAGUUCGCCCCGGCGUGAGUUGCUGCAGAGCUGGCGGUGGCGAUUAGGAAGAGAAGGAGGAGGAGGAAGCGUGCCUCUCCAGUGGUCCUCGGUGGUGGUGGUGGUUCUCAGGCCAUGGCGGGUGGCCGUUGCUGCACCUCCCACCCUGCCUCGCCUUCGUUAGUUUGUUAUCAUCGUCUCGACUCUCGGCUGGAGCUUCCUGCCUCACCGUCUAGCGUCUGCCCUGCUCACCUUCUGCCUUGCGUACCUGCAGUUUGGUACUGCAAUCUAUAUUCAGGUUCGCGGGUACAAUAAGCACAGAAUCCAACUGACCAGUGACCAUGCGCCGUUUUUACUUGCAUCAGCUCACAAUAUGCCUCUUGAAGGUAGCUAGAUCUAGAAAAAGGAAAAGAAAGAACCUAAUAAAAUAAGCCUUGAUCCGCUGGUCCUGCCCUCUUUCUACCCAGAUAAGUUUUUGUGGCUCAACGUCAAAACCUGAUCCGUGUUACCCAUCACUGAUUAUUUUUUUUUUCUCAUAUACGUUCAUAUGUAAAAACAACAGGAUUCUUGAUUCAGUUUCUGGUUCGAGGUUUCCAUCAGAAUGAAUGUGAACAAGCACGGCGCCCACGACAAGUAUCCAAAUCCAGAUAAUUGUAAAUCAUUAGAUUU